AUGUCGCCAACCAACGCAGGUCACGAAAGCAUUACCCAAGAAAAUCUAAACUAUCACGAUGCGAGCUACUGGAGAGGUAUAGUUGAUGAAAUUCGGAGAAAUGAAUUUGGCAUUGGAGUGGCUCUUGAUGGGGAAGGAAGAGUUCUUAUGAAGAAACAACUGGAUAGGCAAGGUAGGUGCUUGGAUAGGUUGUCUAAAGAUUUAUACAGUAAAGACACCCACUUUGUUCUUGAAUUGGUUCAAAAUGCAGACGACAACUCUUACUCAAGUGAAAAUUGUACUCCAUCGCUGAGGUUCAUCUUGAAUCAGGAUAGUAUAGUUGUGCUGAACAAUGAGGUUGGUUUCAACGAGUUGAACUUCAGAGCGAUUUGUGAUGUUGGGCGAACGACGAAGGGCAAGCACAUGCUCGGCUACAUAGGACAAAAAGGCAUUGGUUUCAAAUCUGUGUUUCGAGUAUCAGACACUCCAGAAGUUCAUUCAAGGGGACUGCAUGUAAAAUUUGAUGCAAACUCCAAGCCGUUGGGUUACAUAUUGCCCGAGUGGACGGGUGAUGGAGUGGAUGGCGGGGACGAGGAGAACAGGAAGUUGGCAUUUUCAUGUUUUUUUUUUUUUUUUUAUAAACACUUAUCAUUUAUUUCAAACUACAAAAGUAUAAUAUCAUAA